GUCUAAAAUCCCAAUUAGGGUUUAUAAACCCUUCAACGUCUUCUUCAGCUCAAACAACAAUGGCGGGUGGUUCUGGAGCUCAAGUCAACAAGUCACACAAGACUCGUUUUGCUUCUAAAUCCUCUCGCAACAUUCACAAAACUUCCGUCAAAGAUAAGAGCAAGAUUAGUAAACCUGAUCGCAAUGUAAUGAAGGGAGCAAGAGCUGCUCGACUGCAGCGUAACAAAAUGAUGAGAGAACAGAAGCGGGCCACCCUUUUGAAAGAGAAAAGGGCGUCUAGUGGAACAGCUAGUGCUCCGCGUGUUAUUGUUUUAUUCGGUCUAUCUGCUUCUACAAGCGUAAGCUCACUAGCAGGGGAUCUUUUGGUGUUACUAUCAAAUGGGCAUACUGGAAUUCAGUUUCCAGCAGUUGCAUCGUCCGAAUAUAGGCUAAGGGCUACGGUCCUAGAAGCACCUCAUGGUGAUUUUAUGGCAUGCAUGGAGAUGGCCAAGAUCGCAGAUCUGAUUGUUUUUGUGGCUUCUGCUAACUGUUCAAGCGAUCGAGGUAGUUCCAACUAUUAUGUUGAUGAAUUUGGCUUUCAGUGUCUCUCUGUCUUUAGAUCUCUUGGUUUACCAAGUUCCGCCGUUUUCCUUCGAGAUUUACCUUCUGAUCUAAAAAGAAGAAAUGAAUUAAAGAAAACAUGCAUUUCUAGCCUUUCAUCUGAAUUUCCCGAAGAUUGCAAGUUUUAUCCAGCAGAUAGUAAAGAUGACUUGCACAAGUUCAUGUUUCUAUUUAAGGAGCAGAGGCUCACGGUACCUCAUUGGCGUACUCAACGACCUUACCUCAUGGCUCAGAAGGUGGACAUGGUGGAUGAUGGGUCUGGAAAAUGCACUCUUCUCAUCACUGGUUAUCUUCGGGCCCGUAAUCUUUCAGUGAAUCAGUUGGUUCAUGUAUCAGGUGCUGGGGAUUUUCAGCUGGGCAAGAUUCAGCUUCUUAAGGAUCCAUGUUCACUAAGUGUUAAAAAAGAUGGAGAUUUCAUGGAUGCAGAUGAAGUACAAGAUUCACAGGUGAUCAGAAGUUUACUCCCAGAUCCAAUGAAGCAAGAGCCUUUACUUGUUGAAAAUAUACCAGAUCCUCUGGAAGGAGAACAGACAUGGCCAACCGAGGCAGAGAUGGCAGAAGCCGAUAGAGUACAUAAAGAAAAGAAGCAGAAAAAGCGGACUCUUCCUCGUGGCACUUCUGAUUACCAGGCUGCUUGGAUCGUCGAUGACUCUGACGUGUCAGGUUCAGAUAGCGAAGAUGGUCCAGAUAAUGGUAUGGUAGUUGAUGAAGGAGAAUAUGACUAUCCUGGUCAAGGUGAUGGUGGAAAGUCUGACUUUGAAGAUGACCAGGCUUCACUCAAGCUUAGGGAUUCUGAUGAUGAAACCGAAGCUGAUUCUAUGAUGAUGGAUAAUGAGAACUUGACGAAGGAGCAGAUAGAAGAAGAUAUUCGAAAAAUAAAAGAGGCACAUGCUGAAGAUGAGGAAUUCCCUGAUGAGGUGGAUGCUCCAGUAGACGUUCCCGCUCGGAAACGAUUUGCUAAAUACAGAGGCCUAAAGUCAUUCAGGACUUCUUCAUGGGACCCAAAAGAAUCUCUACCUCCAGAAUAUGCACGAAUAUUUGCAUUUGAUAAUUUUACUAGAACACACAAGCACGUUCUUUCUAAAGCUCUUGAUAUGGAGCAAGGAAGCAUAUCUGAAUGUGUGCCUGUAAAUUCUUAUGUGACACUUCACAUCAGAGAAGUCCCGAUUCAUAUUGCUUCGAAGUUAUGCAUUUUGUGGAAGACAAUGCCAGUCAUUGCAUGUGGUCUUUUGCAACAUGAAUCAAAGAUUUCUGUUCUUCACUUCAGGAUAAAGAAGCAUGAGACAUACAAUGAGCCCAUAAAAGCCAAAGAAGAACUAAUAUUUCAUGUUGGAUUCCGACAGUUCAUCACAAGGCCGACUUUUGCGUCUGACAAUUUUAAUUCAGACAAGCACAAGAUGGAAAGGUUUCUUCAUGCAGGACGGUUUUCUGUAGCGUCAGUAUAUGCUCCAAUUUCUUUUCCUCCUCUUCCUUUGAUUGUUAUGAAGAGUAGAGGCGAUUCUCUUGCACCUGCACUGGCUGCUGUUGGUUCGUUAAAAUGUAUUGAUCCUGAUAAAAUUAUUCUGAAAAAGAUCAUUUUAACCGGGUAUCCUCAACGUGUUUCAAAAUCAAAAGCUGCAGUAAGAUACAUGUUCCAUAAUCCAGAGGAUGUGAAGUGGUUCAAGCCUGUGGAAGUUUGGACGAAAUUAGGUCGCCGUGGUCGCAUUAAAGAGCCUGUUGGUACCCAUGGUGCAAUGAAGUGCAUAUUGAACGGUGUCCUCCAGCAGAAUGACACAGUAUGCAUGAGUCUAUUCAAGCGAGCAUAUCCCAAGUGGCCCCAACAUUGGUUCCCAUUGUCCACUUGACCGUGUGAAACGUUCUUCAGGACACACCUAUAUGGAAUGAAGCUUUGGUUCAGAUUGGUUACUUGGCUGCAGCCGCUGUGACCUCAUUUCCUGUUGCUUAACUGCGGGCCAUGAAAAUUUUUGCUUGUAUAUUCUUUUUAUUGCACAUCUUAUUAAUAUUCUCAAUUUUCGGGUCGUAUCAACCUGUUAAGAUUUUAGUGGUUUGUCAAAUGCCUUCUUCUAAAAUUUGUUGUAAUUGAAUGGAUUCGGGUUUCUGCUGAACACAAAUUUGACAGCUUACUGACAUAAUCAGAUUCGGGUUUUAUUA